AGGCUGCAGCCUUGUUCCAGAUCAGAUUCGCUCAUGUCUCACGGUGCCCCACAAAUGCAGUGGGCACUUUUGUUGGCGUUAUGUUUGCCUGCAUGGGGACGGGUCUCCUCCAUCGCAGCAACUGGCAACCCUCAUGCUCCACAGUGUAGCACUGGUGAUUGCGAAUGCCAAGCGCAGCGAUUGGAUCUCCACUUGGCAAACUUAGUGCCGUUCCUACCAGUCCAGGCAGACUCCUUCAUUGGAAUGGAAGAACAUGAAGUCCAAGGCCUUAAGGUGAACCUCUACAAUUUCAAGCAGCCAGCACGACUGAGCGAGCUUCAGCUGCCCUUCAAGCUCCUCUUGUUGCGAUCUGUGGAUCUCACAGACACUCAGCUCUAUGAGGUGCCAAUGAAGCAAGCUGUGGAUUCGUGGUUCCCAGGCUUUGCAUGGUCGAUUCUUCUUUGCAAGCGCUGUCAGGGGCGUCACCUUGGAUGGAAGUUCACCCCAACAUCAACCACCGACGGCUCUGCGUUCUAUGCGCUGAUUGUGGAAGCUGCAAAGGAGGAGGAGCUUGAGAAUCAUCUCUUGGUGACUCUCCGCGCCGUCGGGCGUCCGUUGGCUGCCCUGGGCUUGGCCGCAUCGAUCUUCGAGACCAGCUGAGGGGCAUCGAUCGUCAAGGACUCUGUACAUAGUUGACACUUGGAUCAGAGGAGAAAAGAAGACAGCAGAGAGCUUGGAUGAACGUGGAGAGCCAGGAUGUUGGAUGAGAUCUAGUGAAAAGAAGCC